ACCUCACUCACGGCUACAUGACUGAGAAGAAGCGCAUUUCCGCCACUUCUAUAUUCUUCGAGUCGAUGCCAUACAAAAUCAAUGUCGCGACAGAACUCAUCGAUUACGACGAACUCCAGCGAAACGCUAAACUCUUUAAACCCAAACUAAUCAUCGCUGGCAUCAGUUGUUACCCAAGAAAUCUGGAUUACAAGCGCUUCAAACAGAUCGCGUCGGAGAACAGCGCACUCCUGAUGGCGGAUAUGGCGCACGUGAGCGGUCUGGUGGCCGCCAAACUGGUGCCCUCGCCCUUCGAGUACUGCGAUAUCGUCACCACCACUACCCAUAAGACGUUGCGGGGACCGCGCGCCGGCAUUAUAUUUUACAGGAAAGGCGUUAAAUCUGUGUCCAAGACGGGCGAGAAAGAGCUGUACGACUUCGAGGAUAAGAUAAAUCAGGCGGUGUUUCCCGGCCUUCAGGGCGGCCCUCACGACAACUCCAUCGCUGGUAUCGCCACAGCCAUGAAACAGGCGGCCAGUCCUGAGUUUGUCGAAUACCAGAAACAAGUGGUGAGUAAUGCCAAGACAUUGGCCACAAGCCUGCAGUCGAAGGGCUAUAAGUGUGUGACCGGCGGCACUGACAACCACUUGGUUUGGGUGGACCUCAGACCUAAGGGGCUGAACGGCGCCAGAGCUGAGAGGAUUUUGGAGGAAAUCUCAAUCGCUUGCAAUAAGAACACAGUUCCGGGCGAUAAGUCUGCGCUGAAUCCCAGUGGCAUCCGAUUGGGAACUCCGGCGCUCACC